ACAUCAUUUGCCACUGCAUCAUCGGUAAAAGAUGGAUUUUGCUCCUCUUUUAAUGGAAGGCCUAACACCUGAAAUGGAAAUAAUAGCUGAAACAGAACUCGGUGAGACACCCCUUGUCAAGAAGGAAUCCCUGAAAAAAAUUAAAGAACUCAUAGAACUUGAGCAAGAUUUCCAGCCCUUUAUAGAUGAUAAAUUCCUGUUGAUGUUUCUUCGUUGUAAGAAACAUGAUGUCCAGAAGGCUUAUGAAUCACUGAAAAACUUUUAUCGCUUUAAAGAAAAGAACUCUCGUGUCCUUACUGAUUUCCUACCCUCUGAACAUAAAACAAUUAUGGAUAGCAACAGUUUUACAGCUCUGCUUUCUAGAGACAGCAACGGUUGUGCAGUGGUCAUUGUGAGGCUAGGUAAGUUUAAUUGGAACGAAGCUACUAUAGAAGAUCUAUUUGCAACCAGUUUUACAAUUGGAAGUCUUCUUGCUCGACUGGAGGCAUCAUCUGUAUGUGGGUGUAUGAUUCUUAUAGAUCUGAAAGACUUCACUAUGAAAAUGGUUUUUAAACUCCUAUCAGUAAAAUUAUGGAUUUUUCUCAUCGGAUGCUUACAAAAUUGCUUUCCUUUACGGAUUAAAGCCAUACACAUAGUCAAUGAACCUGCUGCUUACCAUGCUGUAGUCAGUCUCUUCAAACUUGCUAUGCCUAAGAAGCUGAGGGAAAGGAAUUUUCUACAUGGAUAUAAUAUUGAAAGUCUCCACAAAUAUGUUCCCGUCGAAAUUCUUCCGGAAGAAUUAGGAGGCAAGGCUGGACUCAUCGACAACACAGAACUGUUUGACUUCGCUCUAAGACAUGAAUCCCUCGUCGAAGAGAUGAAUAAAUGUGGAUUUAAGAGGUGAACUUCGAUAUAGACUAUAAUAGCAGAUGUAAAUAUUUUUUAGAUAAAUGUAAUCCGGAAAUGUAUUAAUAAAUAUAUUUCUAAAUAAUUGA